CUAAGUGCGGGAUUACCCAUGAACCCAUUGUAUCAAGGACACCUUUAAUUGGAUAGCCAAGCCCAAACGAUAAACAUAUUCUGAUGUCAUAUAUUAGUACAUUACUAAUCUUCUUCCCCUCUUUCUUUCUUUCCUCCUCCUCCUUCUCCUUCUUCUUCUUUCUUCCGUUGUUUUUUUAUUUUAUUUUUAUUUUUAUUUUUUAUUUUUUGGCACAGUCCAUUACAAAUCAAACACAGUCAAAAGUGCACAUCAGGCUCUCCAUACAACAGCUGCACUUACCCAAUGCUAGUCAUCAACCAAUUCAAUCACGCCAUAUAACAACAUAUCACAAAAAUGAAAACGUAGAAUCUCCAUAGUACCCUUAAUCUUUGACGUAUCACGCCAUGAUUGGAAGAAAUAUUAGUCAACUCAUAGGGCCUAAGUCGUUUUGGGAUAAGGUGUCCUAAAAUAAACGGACUAUGUCCCGCUAAAAUCGUGCCCACACGACAGCUACGACCAAGGAGCACCUUCAAGCAAAGAAAAAUCUCUGUCCCUAUCAUUAUUCCCCAUUUUGCCACACACAAAAAAAACACAUACCUGCUCCAUUCAAACAAGCCUAGGGGGUUUGUUUAGGAGGAGAAGAGGAGGAAGGAGUAGUUUUUAUCCCCCCCAAAGGGAUUCUUCCUUCUUCUUCCCCCCCCACCUCUCUCUCUAUAUCUAUCUCUCUCUCUCAAAACCAUCCCCGCCCAUUCCAUGAGGACAUUGUGUCCCAAUCUUGACAGGGAAGAUGGCUUGGAUACAGUCCUCGAAGUCCCCAUACCCGAAGAAAUGUUCAACAACAUGGGCAGCACUCUCACCCUCCGGUGGCAGAACAUGCGCGCUUGGAUGAGGGCUCAACGCACCGGCGACAAGUCUUCCAAUGUUGGGGCUGGAUCAUCAUCAAGCAAUAAUGAGUUCAUGUUGUUGCUUAAAAUUGUUGGUUCUCCUCUUAUCCCAUUCCAGGUCCAAACCGACCAUGCAUGGACUAUGCCCAUUAGAGAUGGUUCUAUUGAAUCUUCAACCGCGAAAUAUAUAGUGCAGCAGUAUAUCGCGGCAACUGGAGGACAAGCUGCAUUGAAUGCAGUGAAUAGUAUGUACGCGGUGGGACAGGUGAAGAUAAUAUCAUCGGACAUCCACCAAAGUGACAAUAGUGUGAACGCCAAACGUACGUGUGAGUUGGGUGGGUUCGUGCUAUGGCAAAAGAACCCUGACCUGUGGUACCUAGAACUGGUUGUUUCCGGCAUGAAGGUGAGUGCAGGUAGUAAUGGCAAGGUAGCAUGGAGUCAGUCUUCUUCUCAACCGUCCCAAGUUUCAAGAGGCCCUCCAAGACCCCUUCGUCGCUUCUUUCAGGGCCUGGAUCCGAGGUCUACUGCCAACUUGUUCUUGAACGCGGUGUGCAUUGGAGAGAAGAACAUCAACAAAGAAGAUUGUUUCAUACUGAAGCUGGAGACAGGCUCGGAUACCCUUAAGGCACAUAGUACGCCAAACACUGAAAUUGUCCAUCACACGAUAUGGGGCUACUUCAGCCAAAGAACGGGACUACUCAUCCAAUUUGAGGACUCGAAACUAGUGAGAAUGAAGACUUCUAAAGGAGACGCUAGCGUGUUUUGGGAGACGAAUAUGGAGUCCAUGGUUGAGGAUUAUAGAUACGUUGAUGGUGUCAAUAUAGCACACAGUGGGAAGACUGUCGCGACGAUUUAUAGAUAUGGGAAGUCAUUGAAUCACAGGGGGAAGAUUGAGGAGACAUGGAGGAUUGAAGAGAUUGAUUUCAAUAUAUUUGGUUUGUCCAUGGAAUCUUUUUUGCCUCCAGCUGAUGUUAAGAAAGAACAAGAACAAGAUGAGCCAGGAAUGGGAUAAGUGAGCUAAUAUGUUGUUUCAUGAACACACAAAUUGAAAGUUGCUUGUACAUAUAGGUGAAUUGAAUUCAGAUUUUCCAUUUAA